AUGGCGCCGCGGGCGAAGCGUCAGCGUCAGCGCGCCGAUCCCGACGUCGAGGCGUCGGGUGACGACGAUGAUGCGAUUCGAGAGACGAUGUCGAAAUCAUCAUCAUCGUCAUCAUCGAUGACGCCGCCGUCGCAGUGCCCGUACCUGGACUCGAUAUCGCUCUCGAAUCUGGACUUUGACUUUGAGAAGCGGUGCUCGAUAUCGUUGUCCCCGGUGCACGUCUACGCGUGCCUGACGUGCGGGAAAUACUUUGCGGGACGCGGACCGAGGACGCGCGCGUACGAGCACGCGCUCGAGCGCGGACAUCACGUGUACAUGCACCUGGAUCAGGGCACGACGUGGUGCUUGCCGGAUGGCUACAGAAUCGGUCCGGAGGAGUCCAACGCGACGCUGAAGCGGAUUAAGGACGUAUUGCGACCGAGGUACGACGAAGAGAGAGUGAGCGAAUUGGAAACGGGCGGACCGCAGUGGCGACGCGCGCUCGACGGGACGGAUUUCUUGGUCGGCGUCACGGGUUUGAAUAAUAUUUGGCAAUCUAACGGGCGGGACGACGGGAUGAACGCCGUGGUGCAGGCGCUCGCGCGCGUGGGGCCGUUGCGCAGAGCGCUGUUGUUACGCGAGGAGGACGAGCUGAACGCGCGACGAGGUCAUCACCAGACGUCUUUAUUCUCCGCCUUGGCCAAUCUCAUGAAGAAGAUGUGGAACGCGAAAAACUUCAAGGGCCACAGCAGCCCGCACGAGUUCUUACAAGCGGUGCGCAAGCAGUCGAAGGAGAUGUUCGGAGGCGUCAAAGCGUCAAAGACGGCGGCGACGCGCCCGGACGCGAUGCAAUUCUUACGUUGGAUGUUGAACGAGUUGAUUCGUGAGGAGAAGAAAGACAUCGCGAAGAACGCAUCGUUGUCGGGAGACAUCUCCUCCGUCGUCGAGGCGUGCUUUCAGGGUGAAGUCGAAAUCGUUCCCGAAGGCGAUCCCGACCUCGCCGCCUCGUCGGCGCCUAGAAAGACGUCCAAAUUUCUCAUGCUCUCCAUGGAUCUCCCAGCCGCGCCGCUGUUUCAAGACGUGAUGGAGAAGAAGAUCAUUCCUCAAGUUUCGCUCGAGCGGCAGCUCCUGAAAAAAUUCGAUGGAACAAAGUUUAGGAUCACCAAGCUUCCCGAGUACCUCAUCGUGACGUACUCGCGAUUCACGAAGAAUAACUUCUUCGUCGAGAAGAACCCGACAAUCGUGACGUUUCCGACGCGCGGAUUGAACAUUGCCGAUCAUGUACCGAUCGACGACGUGAAGGGUUCGACGACGUACGAUCUCAUCGCGAACAUCGUGCACGACGGAACUCCGGACGAGGGAUCGUAUCGCUCCAUGGUGUACCACGCGUCGGAUAAAAAUUGGUACGAGACGCAGGAUUUACGCGUCUCCGAGGUGCUCCCGCAGCAGGUGAGCCUCACGGAAACGUACGUGCAAAUCUACCAGCGACGCGACGGAAAGUGA